AUGAAGAAUCAAGGCUUCGAAUUGUACACAGAGAUGUGAAGGCAAGUAACAUCCUGCUUGACUCUAAUCUCAUUGCCAAAAUAUCAGAUUUUGGUUUGGCGAAGCAUUAUGAUGAUAAAAAGACCCACAUGAGUACUCGGGUUGCAGGAACAUUUGGGUAUCUUGCACCGGAAUAUGCUAUGCGUGGACACUUGACAGAGAAAACCGAUGUGUUUGCCUAUGGUGUUGUCAUUCUAGAAAUUGUCAGCGGUAGGCCAAAUUCUGAUCCAAGUUUGGAAAGCGAUAUGGUUUAUCUUCUUGAAUUGGCUUGGAACUUGCAUGAAAACGAACGUGAAGUUGAUCUAGUAGACUCUAGAUUAUCCGAAUUCAAUGAGGAAGAAGCAAGACGAAUUAUCAACAUAGGACUUUUGUGCACUCAAUCAUCACCAAUGCUACGACCACCUAUGUCUCGCGUGAUUGGAAUGCUUGCAGGAGAUAUUGAAGUGACUCCUGCUAUUUCAAAGCCCGGUUACUUGACAGACUGGAGAUUUGAUGAUGUAACCAGCCAAACGAAAUAUGGGAGUACUGGCACCAGUCUAGGAACUGAUAUGUCAACUAGAGGAACUGACUUCAGCUUUUACCACUCAUCGGCAAGUACAAGCGUGAUGGGGGAUGCAGGGCAAUUACCUUCAAAUGCCACUCUUCCCAUACUCAAUAAUACUAAUGGUGAUGGUAGGUGAGUUUUGAAGGAAUAGGCUGAUCGAUUAUACAUCUAUUUUUAUAUUGAUACAUAUAGCUCUUGAUUCUUGAUCAUGUACAUACACAGUACUUUUUAUUCUUGAUGAUGUUGUUGUAAAUAGUUAUGGCUAAAUCAUGUAAAUAGAUGAAGAGUGAUAUGUGCCUUUCACUAUAGAUUGGUGAUUUAUAGAAUUGUGUAUAGGAGUAAUUGACGUUGCUAUUAAACAUUAC